AUGUCGCAGGACCCUCACGACCAGAGACUUGGACGAGUCACCAGCUCCGGCUCCCAGGAGCCUACAGUAGUCAGAGCCAGGCGGGAAGGGAAAUCCAAGAGCCUGGCAGGAAGGGAAAUCCAGGAGCCGGGCGGGAAAGGGAAAUCCAGGAGCCAGGCGGGAAGGGAAAUCCAGGAGCCAGGCGGGAAGGGAAAUCCAGGAGCCAGGCGGGAAAGGGUAAUCCAGGAGCCGGGCGGGAAGGGAAAUCCAGGAGCCAGGCGGGAAAGGGAAAUCCAGGAGUCGGGCGGGAAGGGAAAUCCAGGAGCCAGGCGGGAAGGGAAAUCCAGGAGCCGGGCGGGAAGGGAAAUCCAGGAGCCAGGCGGGAAAGGGAAAUCCAGGAGUCGGGCGGGAAGGGAAAUCCAGGAGCCAGGCGGGAAAGGGAAAUCCAGGAGCCGGGCGGGAAAGGGAAAUCCAGGAGUCGGGCGGGUAGGGAAAUCCAGGAGCCAGGCGGGAAAGGGAAAUCCAGGAGUCGGGCGGGAAGGGAAAUCCAGGAGCCAGGCGGGAAGGGAAAUCCAGGAGCCGGGCGGGAAGGGAAAUCCAGGAGCCAGGCGGGAAGGGAAAUCCAGGAGCCAGGCGGGAAGGGAAAUCCAGGAGCCGGGCGGGAAGGGAUAUACAGGAGCCGAACGGAAAAGGGAAAUCCAGGAGCCAGGCGGGAAAGGGAAAUCCAGGAGCCGGGCGGGAAGGGAAAUCCAGGAGCCAGGCGGGAACGGGAAAUCCAGGAGCCAGGCGGGAAAGGGAAAUCCAGGAGUCGGGCGGGAAGGGAAAUCCAGGAGCCAGGCGGGAAGGGAAAUCCAGGAGCCAGGCGGGAAGGGAAAUCCAGGAGCCAGGCGGGAAAGGGAAAUCCAGGAGUCGGGCGGGAAGGGAAAUCCAGGAGCCAGGCGGGAAAGGGAAAUCCAGGAGUCGGGCGGGAAGGGAAAUCCAGGAGCCAGGCGGGAAAGGGAAAUCCAGGAGCCAGGCGGGAAGGGAAAUCCAGGAGCCAGGCGGGAAAGGGAAAUCCAGGAGCCAGGCGGGAAAGGGAAAUCCAGGAGCCAGGCGGGAAAGGGAAAUCCAGGAGCCGGGCGGGAAGGGAAAUCCAGGAGCCAGGCGGGAAAGGGAAAUCCAGGAGUCGGGCGGGAAGGGAAAUCCAGGAGCCAGGCGGGAAAGGGAAAUCCAGGAGUCGGGCGGGAAGGGAAAUCCAGGAGCCAGGCGGGAAAGGGAAAUCCAGGAGUCGGGCGGGAAGGGAAAUCCAGGAGCCAGGCGGGAAGGGAAAUCCAGGAGCCAGGCGGGAAGGGAAAUCCAGGAGCCAGGCGGGAAAGGGAAAUCCAGGAGCCGGACGGGAAGGGAAAUCCAGGAGCCAGGCGGGAAAGGGAAAUCCAGGAGUCGGGCGGGAAGGGAAAUCCAUGA